AUGGCGCCUUACAGCCUCCUGGUGACCCGGCUUCAGAAAGCCCUGGGUGUGCGGCAGUACCAUGUGGCCUCAGUCCUGUGCCAACGGGCCAAGGUGGCCAUGAGCCACUUUGAGCCCAAUGACUACAUCCGCUAUGACCUGCUGGAGAAGAACAUCGACAUCAUCCGCAAGCGACUGAACCGGCCUCUGACGCUCUCUGAGAAGCUUGUGUACGGACACCUGGAUGACCCGGCCAAUCAGGAGAUCGAGCGGGGCAAGACGUAUCUGCGGCUGCGGCCGGACCGUGUGGCCAUGCAGGACGCCACGGCCCAGAUGGCCAUGCUGCAGUUCAUCAGCAGCGGGCUGCCCAAGGUGGCCGUGCCCUCCACCAUCCACUGCGACCACCUGAUCGAGGCCCAGGUCGGCGGAGAGAAAGACCUUCGUCGCGCCAAGGACAUAAACGAGGAAGUGUAUAAAUUCCUGGCAUCUGCAGGAGCCAAGUAUGGCGUGGGCUUCUGGCGGCCUGGCUCUGGAAUCAUUCACCAGAUCAUUCUGGAAAACUAUGCAUAUCCUGGGGCUCUUCUGAUUGGCACCGACUCCCAUACCCCCAACGGCGGCGGCCUGGGGGCCAUCUGCAUUGGAGUCGGGGGUGCUGAUGCGGUGGACGUCAUGGCGGGCAUUCCCUGGGAGCUGAAGUGCCCCAAGGUGAUUGGCGUGAAGCUGACGGGCUCUCUCUCCGGAUGGAGCUCACCCAAAGACGUGAUCCUAAAGGUGGCCGGAAUCCUCACCGUGAAAGGGGGCACGGGCGCUAUUGUGGAGUACCACGGACCGGGCGUGGAGUCCAUCUCCUGCACCGGCAUGGCGACCAUCUGCAACAUGGGCGCAGAGAUCGGGGCCACGACUUCGGUGUUCCCUUACAACCACAGAAUGAAGACUUACCUGACCAAGACCGGCCGCAAAGAGAUUGCCAACCUAGCUGAGGAGUUCAAGGGCCUCCUGGUACCUGACCCUGGCUGCCACUAUGACCAAGUGAUUGAAAUUAACCUUAACGAGCUGAAGCCCCUCAUCAACGGGCCCUUCACCCCUGACCUGGCCCACUCGGUGGCCGAAGUGGGCUCUGUGGCCGAGAAGGAAGGCUGGCCUGUGGACAUCAAAGUGGGUCUGAUCGGCAGCUGCACCAACUCCAGCUAUGAGGACAUGGGACGCUCAGCAGCUGUGGCCAAGCAGGCGCUGGAUCACGGACUCAAGUGCAAGUCCCAGUUCACCAUCACACCGGGCUCUGAGCAGAUCCGCGCCACCAUUGAGCGAGACGGCUAUGCACAGAUCCUGAGGGAUGUGGGCGGCGUCGUCCUGGCCAAUGCCUGUGGCCCCUGCAUUGGCCAGUGGGACAGGAAGGACAUCAAGAAGGGGGACAAGAACACAAUCGUCACCUCCUACAACAGGAACUUCACAGGCCGCAAUGACGCGAACCCUGAGACCCAUGCCUUCGUCACCUCCCCAGAGAUUGUCACAGCCCUGGCCAUUGCUGGCACCCUCAAGUUCAACCCAGAGACUGACUUCCUGACAGGCAAGGAUGGCAAGAAGUUCAAGCUGGAGCCCCCGAACGCGGACGAGCUUCCAAAGACGAAUUUCGACCCUGGGCAGGACACCUACCAGCACCCUCCCAAGGAUGGCAGUGGGCAGCGGGUGGACGUGAGCCCCACCAGCCAGCGCCUGCAGCUCCUGGAGCCUUUUGACAAAUGGGAUGGCAAAGACCUGGAGGACCUUCAGAUCCUUAUCAAGGUCAAAGGAAAGUGUACCACUGACCACAUCUCGGCUGCCGGCCCCUGGCUCAAGUUCCGUGGGCACCUGGACAACAUCUCCAACAACUUGCUCAUUGGUGCCAUCAACAUUGAAAACGGCAAGGCCAACUCUGUGCGCAACGCCGUCACCCAGGAGUUUGGCCCUGUCCCCGACACUGCCCGCUACUAUAAGAAACACGGCAUCCGGUGGGUGGUGAUCGGAGAUGAGAACUACGGCGAGGGUUCAAGCCGGGAGCACGCGGCGCUGGAGCCCCGCCACCUCGGGGGUCGGGCCAUCAUCACCAAGAGCUUCGCCAGGAUCCACGAAACCAACCUGAAGAAGCAGGGCCUGCUGCCCCUCACCUUCGCUGACCCCGCCGACUACAACAAGAUCCACCCCGUGGACAAGCUGACCAUCCAGGGCCUGAAGGACUUUGCCCCCGGCAAGCCGCUGACAUGCAUCAUCAAGCACCCCAACGGCACCCAGGAGACCAUCCUCCUGAACCACACCUUCAACGAGGGCCAGAUCGAGUGGUUCCGCGCUGGCAGCGCCCUCAACAGAAUGAAGGAGCUGCAGCAGUAA